AUGCCCCGAAGACCAAUAAGGCAUUGCAGGUCAUUGAAACCUUGGCCUCUGACCUUCUCCUCCUUUGUUCGUUCAGUUGCUCAACUGGCCUCUUCUUACAUGGCCAAGCGUCAAAUGCACAACUUUAAAAUACACCGAGAAUCUCCCCGAAAGUCUGCAGAUACUGGAUAUUUGAAGCAUACACCGGACGAGAAGAGUGAACGGUCUGUAUCUUCUGAUGAAGAAGAGUUUGAAGGAGUGGUUCAAGCAGAGUUUGCAUUCUUUGAUCCAAAACUCAAUGACUUUCACGGAGUGAAGACCUUGCUGCAAACCUACCUUGAUACUAAGCAAUGGGAUUUGAGUGGUUUUGUUGACUUGAUAUUGGGACAGACCACGGUGGGGACUGUAGUUAAAAUAGAGGGGGAUGAAGAUGAUGGAGUUUUUGCUCUCGUGACUGUGCUAAACUUGCAAAGAUAUAAGGACCAUAAAUUUAUCAUGGAUCUCAAGGAUUUCCUCCUUAAAGCAUACCAAGAGAAUGAUGUAGUAGAUAAAUUGAGAUCAAUCGUGGGAGAGCAAGCACAGAAUGUGGGUAUCCUGGUCUCUCAGCACGUGGUGAAUCUCCUAUGUCAUUUGCCAUGCCUGUCACUUGUGACUGCAUUUUUCCCAAAUGUGCUUCAGCUUAGCUUGUGGUCCUUCAGCUUUCCUUUGCUGACUCGACAGCCUGCUACUCAUGAGGUUUGUGCUUUUUUGAACAUAUCGUGAGUCAUUGGGACAGCCUGACUAUGUUAACUAAAACUCAUACCACAAACACCAC